CUUAUGAAUAUUUGGGGGAAAAAAAGUUGAAGCAUUCUCUGUUGCAGGAUUUAUCCAGCAUGUCAGCCUACGUAAAGAGGAAAUGGAUGCUGUGAAUGAGAUCCCUGUUUUUUCUGCCAUUUUAAUGUUGUUGUUGUUAAGAAUACCUACCUCUGUCUUUUGGAAAGUUGCCCUAAGACUGCCUCUGGUCAUUACAGAAAUGAGUGUAUCUGCAGAGGCCUGAGGCUGAAUCAUAGGCUGUUGUAAACAUUUCCUUUGCUCAACCUGGACAGUGAUCCUGCAGUUACUCUGGAAGCAUGCCCUCAUUCCUAAAAAGGGCAUUGUAUAUCUCUGUCAGGUGUAAGACCUCCCACAGUGCUACCAUUUUUUCAUAUCUUUCUCCUUGGACGGAAAAGCCUUCACUACAUCAUGCAGUUUUCUCAAGGCAAUAUUGCUCCAGGACAUACAAGGAUACAGUGGAUAUGUCGUCGUUUCCAGCGGAAAAUAUUAGAAAUUUUAGUAUAGUAGCCCACGUGGACCAUGGCAAAAGCACUUUAGCAGAUAGGCUGCUGGAAAUAACAGGAACGAUUGCCAAAACUGACCAUAAUAAACAGGUGCUGGAUAAAUUGCAAGUGGAGCGGGAAAGAGGAAUCACGGUUAAAGCCCAGACAGCUUCCCUCAUUUAUAACCACGAAGGAACAAAUUACCUCUUAAAUCUCAUUGAUACACCUGGUCAUGUGGAUUUUAACUACGAAGUGUCACGAUCAUUGUCGGCUUGUCAAGGAGUCUUGCUUGUGGUGGACGCAAAUGAGGGAAUCCAAGCUCAGACUGUAGCAAACUUUUACCUUGCAUUUGAAGCACAACUCUCAAUCAUUCCUGUUAUAAAUAAGAUUGAUCUCAAGAAUGCAAAUCCAGAGAUGGUUGAAAAUCAAAUUGAGAAUGCCUUUGAUAUUCCGAAAGAAGAUUGCAUUAGAAUUUCAGCUAAACUUGGAACAAAUGUUGAAAGAAUACUUCAGGCAGUUAUUGAAAGGAUUCCUCCGCCAGUGGUUAAUGUACAUGAGCCCUUGAAAGCAUUGGUGUUUGAUUCUACCUUUGAUACCUACCGAGGGGUGAUUGCCAACAUUGCACUCUUUAAUGGAGAAAUUCGUAAAGGCCAUAAGGUCACAACGGCUCACACUAAGAAGAUUUAUGAAGUUAAUGAAGUAGGAAUUCUGACGCCCAAUGAGCAGCCAACCCAUAAACUAUACGCUGGCCAGGUUGGCUAUUUGGUUGCUGGCAUGAGAGAGGUUACAGAUGCCCAAAUAGGAGAUACAAUCUAUUUACAUAACCAACCAGUGGAGCCGUUUCCUGGGUUUAAAUCCGCGAAACCCAUGGUCUUUGCAGGAGUGUAUCCAACAGACCAGUCAGAAUAUUCCAGCCUGAAAAGUGCACUAGAGAAACUAACUCUUAAUGACUCGAGUGUUACUGUUCAACGAGACAGGAGUCUGGCGUUGGGAGCUGGAUGGAGGUUGGGUUUCCUUGGCCUUUUACAUAUGGAGGUUUUUAAUCAGCGCUUGGAGCAAGAACACAACACAUCGGUCAUUUUGACGGCCCCCACUGUUCCCUACAAGGCAAUUCUUUCUUCUGCAAAAUUGAAAAAGGAACAUAAAACAGAGGAAAUCACAAUCAUAAAUCCUGCAGAGUUUCCUGAUAGUUCCAUGGUGGUGGAAUAUUUGGAGCCUAUUGUUUUAGGCACUAUUGUAACCCCUAAAGAAUAUAUUGGGGAAAUACUCGCUCUAUGCCAGACUCGAAGAGCUGUUCAGAAGGACUUGGUGUACAUUGAUGAUCACAGAGUCAUGAUGAUUUAUCACUUUCCACUGAAUGAAAUUGUAGUGGAUUUCUUUGAUGCUCUGAAAUCCCUCUCCUCUGGCUAUGCCAGUUUUGACUAUGAAGAUGCAGGAUACCAGCCUGCGGAUCUUGUCAAAAUGGAUAUUCUUUUAAACGGAAAGGCUGUAGAAGAACUGAUAACUAUUGUACCUAGAGACAAAGCCUACUCCGUUGGUAAAAACAUGUGUGAGCGAUUAAGAGACAUUAUUCCAAGGCAAUUAUUUGAAAUAGCUAUCCAAGCAACUCUCGGAAACAAAAUAAUUGCAAGAGAAACGCUGAAACCUUUUAGAAAAAAUGUUCUGGCAAAAUGUUAUGGAGGAGAUAUUACAAGGAAAAUGAAACUUUUGAAGAGGCAAGCAGAAGGAAAGAAGAAGAUGAGGAAAAUUGGCAAUGUGGAAGUGCCAAAGGAUGCUUUUAUAAAAGUUCUCAAGAAACAGCUGGACAAGUAGUUUAUAGAUGUUGCUUCCAGCUUUUUUUAAAGUCAAGCUGAUGAACUGUUGAACCAGCUGUUUACAAAUUGGAUAUUCUUGACUUGAAUUUAACCUCAUCAAUAUUAAUGCACAGAUUUGAUACCAAUCUAAUGUAACUCUUUAGUAAAGCACUGAACCUGAUGGCUGAACAUUUUAUGCGGGAAAGUCUAAAGUACAGCAUGGAAGCUGAGAGCAUUACUGGUAUCUUUUGAUGAAAUUUCUUAGGGCAUUGCCUUGUGCCAGCAACUUUCAAACAGGUACCUAUUCAUCUCCUUCCAUAUUUGAUUACAAUCUGGAUAUUGACAUUUGCAAGCUCUUGGCUAUGCCAGGUAAAUAAACCUGGUGUACAGAUAUUGGAUCUUUGGGGUGAGCUUGCUUAGUUUGUGUUUUUUAAAAAUACUUAAAUCUUAGUGUGGACCAUAAAUUGGAUUAUCUGCCUUACAGUAUAUUGACUUCUCAUCUAUUUUGAUGCCGUUUGUAUAAAGUUAAGAAUUUGCAGCAACAAUUUAUUUGAACUGAACUUCACUUUCCCAGCAGAGGAUGUCAAACAGUUGAUGUGUUCCAAGUGCAGAAAGACUACAAAGUGCUUUAAAUAAAUGGAAGUACUGGA